UGGCCCAAAGUAGGACAUUGCUUGUGACUCGGUCAGCGCUCUGUGAACCAGUCUUGUGUGUACUCAGAAAAUAUUCGUGAACUUCUCAGUGGGUCAGUCGAUUUUGCACCCCAUUUUCCUUGAUUGUAAACAACCAUGAGCCAUUACGCUGAUUAUAACGUCCACAUCAAAAAACAGAAGUUUGACGAAAUACGGAGGCCUGUCGGGGCGAAACACAUUAUCCGGGCACUUCAUACGGAACUACGGAAGCCGAUCGGAGACACAGUAGUCUUGGACGCGGGUUGCGGUACAGGUAGUUACUCCGUAGAGCUUGCAAAAGCGGGUGUUAAGAAACUUACACUUUUGGAUGCGAAUUCGGAAAUGUUGAAAAAAGCUGAAGAGAAGUUUCGGGAACAUCACGAAUGUGAAUUGACUUUUAAACAAUGUCAAUUACCCACCAUACCUUUCGAAAAUGACGCAUUUGACUGCGUCAUGAUGAACAUGGUCCUACAUCAUCUCGACUUCUACGACUACGAAAAGUUGUUAGCAGAUGACGUGCGUCCCAAGUCUCGACCGAAGCAGGUUGAGGCGAUGAAGGAGGCGUGGCGUGUCCUCAGAUCUGGCGGACUCCUCGCCAUGACCAUAUCCUUCCCGCACCAAGUUCUCAAGGGCGGUUGGUACUAUGGACUGGCGCACAUUGCACAGAAAAGGGCAGCUAUUCGGAGCACGGAUUACGACGAGUACAGAUCCUAUCUAGGAGAAGCUGGAUUCGAAGACUUUGAAACGAUCGUUCCUUUGGAUACUACGUUCCUUGCCCCGGAGCACUAUUUCAACCUUGAGGGGCCCCUGAAUAAAGACUGGAGGGAGCGUGACGCGAUUCUCUUCUCGUGCCCUGACAGUGUGAACCUUGAUGAAAUCGUCGCCAUGAGAGAGGCGGGGACACUCGAGAAAUACUUCAAGGAGAAGGACAAGGGUCGGAAGGAGGUCGGACAGUUUGCGGUCCUGAUCGCGAAGAAAUGAUCCGGUAAAUAAUAACGGUUGGGCGGCACAACCUUUCAAUAUGGUGAAACGGAGAAAAACGUGUCAAAUUAUAUUUAAGCGUACAAACACACAGAAAGAAACGAAAACACUAAAAGCGUUAUACUAGUAUAAGAGGUAUCGAAACCCCAUGGCCAGAUGCAUUCGAUUGAGCCAACGUAUAAUAAUUUCUUAUCAUAUAAUCAAGAGGCAUGCUCACGCCAGCUAUUAUUCUCUGAACAAUUUCAAAAAAUUGUUAUUUAAGGAUAUUAAUUUAUUUUGGAUAACACGGUUUACCCGGACCCGUUCUCAAGUGAGGCCUACUUGACUGUCACACCAGUGCAAACACUGCGAAAAGAAUCUUUGAGUUGUCAAAAAACGGCUAUUUGUUUGGAGCAGAGUCAGACAUUUAUUAAGGUCAUCCCGCUGUUGGCCAAGAUCACCAUACAUGUAGUUGUCGCGGACAAAGACAGUGCGGUUUGUUGCUGCACAAAAGACAUCAAUUUUUUGCUCUCGCUUCUUUUUUACUACGGGUCAAAUUAACGCCAAUUUUGGUUGGUAUCGACAAAAGGUUAAGAUUGUGCUGAUAACCACACAUAUAUAACUUGAUUUUUUUUUACGCAAAAAUUGACCCUAAAAUAUCGCAGAGCACAGCUAGCUCUAGACUCCUAUGCAGUCCAUUUCGUCAUCGUCAUCGUCAUUGUCCUUCCGGGCACCGACGAGACGAGGCCGGUCCACUGCCUCCGGAGUGUAAGCACAGCAAGCCAGAGGGGCUAGAGGUGCUUGGGAUAUUGUAAAUUGAAAUGGUCACUUGACUUUGAGGCACAUUUUGGUGCAUAAAAAAUUACGAAUAUGUUGUUUAUAUUAAUAAGGUAGUUUGGAUUCCAUAACUCCUAUCGAAAUAGUCAUAACGCCCUUCGGCAUAAGUAUCUAUGUCCUCAUUAUCGUCACCAUAGAACAGGAUGGACACUUACUGAGGGGGAUAUUUAAUACUGCUACGCCGAUUUUGAUUUUUCACUGAUUUGGAGGUUUAUUUUUUUUGACAUUCCUGAGUUCCACCAGCUUAUCAAAAAACGUUUCUUAAGGAUUCUUUUUUAAGUAUAAUAUUGAAUAUUGCCUGUAUAUAUAAGCUUCCGUGUUGUAUAAGUCACUGUACACUAUACAUUGCGAUCGCGGAGUGUAAUCAGACUAAAAGUGGCUGCGACCACAAAUUCGUACUAACUUUGGGGACACAAUUACAAAAAAUCUAUAUCAUUUGAAAUAAAACAAGGCCAGCCAAAAUUUAACCAUGACACAAUCGUUUGG